AUGUGUUUAAGAAUUAAUGCAUAAACAAAGAACUUGUUUCCUUCGUGACAAACAUGCCCUGCUAAGUCGACUGCUGCCGGCUUUCUUCAACUCGUGACGUAACAAACAAAUCAUAUAGAAACCAACCCACCUGCACCUAACCCCCAGAUCUGAACACAGUGCCUUUACGUGAACUCUUGCUGUAUAAACAAGCUGUAUCUUAAUCUACAAUAUAGGAGUAAUUCACGUGUGUUCGGUCAUAGGUUCGCUUUUACGGAAUUUAAAGAUUAGUGUUCAGCUAUCAGCUUAACCUACUGAGGACAAAAAACGUAUUCAGUUAUUAAGAAGAUUUUUACAUCUCGAUUUUCCCGCAACAUCGGAUCUUAGCCCUUCCAGAAACAACACCAAGUGACUGAUAUAUACAUGGCGUCUACAACAAGAGUGAACAGUAGACCGUUGGAGAAAGAUUCCGAUAUCCAGUGUAACACACAGUUAUGUACAUCCUAUGUUCUGGGCAUCUUAGCCUGUGUGAUGAUAAUCGGUGGGGUUUGUCUAGCUUUUUAUCGGUGGGAUUAUAUGUGGUUAGUCGUUUCCGCGAUUGGUGGUAUUCUGGUACUCCUCGGAUCAUUACUUCACUUCUGCGGCUCCAGUACCAACCAGAAAAAUCAACGACAGCCGACGAGAAAACACAGUCAGAUCCCUACCGAUCAGUCGAUUCCAUCAGCACCAACUCUGAGGGAUGCCUGCUCUACCAGUCAACUUUCUUUGACCAUGACACAUUCCUACUUUUCAGAAGACUCCAGUCUCCCAACGCCUACAGCUCCUGUUUCGAAUAUCGACAUUAACGGUCAGAAAUACGUGUUGUUAUCAGUUGGUGGGGAAUAUUCUGCGGCAGACACCCGGAGUAUUAUCACCAGACUAAGUUCAAUCUUUUCCAACUCUACACUGGAGUUCGUUAGUGGGACCACUGAACAGUCCAUAACACAAAACGAUUACCGUAGCUAUCAGAUUGAGGAUAAUGUUUAUUCGAAUGAACCAAAGCCUCAGUCUAAUCGCCAUUCGUUUCUUCAAAUACUUAACGGAACGAUCACGCUCCAGCCCCAGGAAGAACAGGAUAUCAGACAAGAAGCUCGUGUGAUAAAUACUGUACAAUCAGGAACAGAGACUUGUUGUCAAUUACAGAAACACGUAAAUAACGAAAACAUUCAAACAGUUUUAAUCUCAAAUGAAGAGCUGUUAAUAGAAAACGGCGAAACUCUCGAAGAACAGGUAGUUGAAGCAGUAAAUACUCAAAUAAGUACUUCAGAAACACUGGUCUUGGAGGAACAGCAAGACGAGAGGAAUUCAGGACAGGAAUAUUUGUAUGACUUCCCACGCCAGUUGAUCACACCUGUUGAACCUGAAGAUGUAGUGAUAACCAACUGUAACGCAAGAAGUACAGGAGAGCAUGUUGGAAACAUUGGUGUAAACGAACCUAUUCUUUCAACGUCUGUGCAUCAAAAUUCAGAUGAUCCGGUUCACGAACAAAAUAUCAAAAGCGUAAACUAUAAGAAUCCUUUUGAAAAUACCCCACUCCUUACAAUUCCACCGUCAGAUGUUACCUCUCCAGACAGUCGAUUUAUUCCUGAACUAGUUUCUGUAUCCCCCAGUAACUGUAUACAACUUAGACAGAGUCAGCCAGAGACAAGUUGUGCAUCGUUUAGUGAAGAGUUUCACAGAGAGGAAAACCAAGUUGGACAUCUUCCAGAAAUUCCUGAGAUGUGCAACCAAGAAAUAAAUGGACAAUUUGUACACAAUUUGGAAGUACAAUCCCCUCGUGAGAGUCAUGAUAUUGGAAGCUCAGAAGAUAUCCAAAGUUCGGACUUGCUUAAUCCCCCUCCAAUUGAAACUAUUCUAUUCAGCAAUAUAGAAGAUGAUGAUCUAGAAGAACGAGCUUCUCCACCUCCCAGCUACGAAGAAGUUGCAAGAGAUAAGCAUAUAACUGAAAGCGCAUAUUGUUUAGCUUUCGGAACGUUAUAACCAUUAACAAAUGGAAUUAUAGUACAGAUCGUGCCAUGCAUACGACAUACUUGCAUUUAAGAUUAAAUGUCAGAAAAACAAAAAAACAUAUUGUGCAUACAAAAAAAAGAAAAAGAAUCACCAUCUGUAAAUCAGAUAAUUGUUGUCUUUUGUUAAUAGCUUCAGAUUUGUGUAUAUGCCAGUACUCUUAGUUAGCUAUCGCGCUAUAUAUGCACUGGAUAGAACAAAUUAGAAGUAGAAACUUACCUCAAAAUCAGUAUCUGGACAGGUUCGAUUGUGGUUUUCUAGAGGUAUAGAGAAGCAUUUAUUAUGAUAUCUUACAUAUCUGUAUCUCUCUGGGAAUGAUGUUUGGAAUGCUGUACGAUAUAAACAAAAUAGGAGAAACCACCAAUUGACCAUUUGGAUGCUAUUGGACCUGAUUUAUACGUAAUGGAACAUAUUGUUUAUUUCCAUCGUGUGCUGCCUAUCUUGAUCAGGAAAUCCAAGUCAUUGAACACACACACAAGACCUGCUUCAGCAAACUCAAUUAACAAGCACAUUGGAUUAGCUCAUAAGCUCCUUGGCUAAAGAGAGAAUAAAUUCAGAACUCUGAUAGGGUAUUUGAAGACGUUGCAGACAUUUGUUUGGAAAUACUCGUUAUGAACAUAAAACAUUUGGGGAGCUCCAAUUUUAAUAUUCUGAACCACGGUGUUGCUGUAAACACCUAUACUAGGUGUAGCAUUUCAGGAGGCCAUUGUGGCAGUUCCAUGUUUUAUGGCUUUUGCUUUAAGAAGACAUUUAAUUUAAUUUAUAUUUAUGAAGUUAUGAUUUAGUGUUUUACAAAAUAUAUGUUGACAAUUUCCUGGGCCCUAAUAACUUUUGUCCAUUAUAUAUGUCAAGAGUGCUGAAUUGUUAAGUUGACCAAGGGUAAGAUUAUGUUAAUGUUAAUAAAAAAGUUUAGUUUUUAAAUGUUUAUUUUCAUAAGGUAAAGCAUUUCAUUAAUAUUUUCAGGAACACACAAUCAAAGUUAGUAUAUACAUGAUUAUUAUAUUUAGUCAGGUCUUUUCCCAGUUUUUAUAAAUAUAAUAAUCAUUAGUGAUUAAUGACACAAUAUGGAUGUAUGAACCUAUAUUCCUAUAGGUUUUGACUAAAAUACAACUAAAAAAAAAACAUACAUAUAAUAUACAGUUCACAACAGUCUUGUUUUUUUUAUUUGCUUAUAUCUAGGGUUACUGAUGAGGGGUGGAAUACUCUGAAACAGGUAUAACUUAGUGACAAAGGAUGAAUCGAAUAAUACACUUGGUUUCAGAUAUAUUUUAUAUUGGUAACAUAACUAACAUUAGUUCAUAUUGUGUGAAUGUAAACUGGUAAACUGGAAUUUUUCUCUCUUUUGGGGUUUCCUUAGUCUGAUACACAAGUUUCACUAUAUCUUUACGGUAUUUGGUCAACUGUAUUCUUCAAAUGAAAGUAGGCCUGGGAGGUUGAAACUUUACCUUGCUCUAUAUAUGCAUGUGCAAAAUAAAAAGUUUGAUUAUUAGUUUCAGCAAACAUUUAGGUCAUAGAAUAAUUUGUAUUGAGAGUAAUAUUAUAAUAAUAGUUACAAGAAAUACAUUCAUUAUUGUGAAUCUAGAUAAUAAAGCCAACAGAAAAAAGUCAGUGGAAAGAAAGUCAAUCAGACCAAAAAGACAUAGAAAAUUACACUGGUAAAAAAGUCAAAAAAGUAUUUUAGA